CUCAUAAAUUAGCCUUUGAGGAUUUCCGUUCAUCAGUCAGUUCUGUGUAAAGUCCUGACUGUUUUGCUCUCAAGGUGGAGUUUAGGGCCACAUCACGUGCGGUUGCCGCCGCUAAAGCGCGCUACAGCUGCGCAGCUGCUGUCUUGAAAACAGAAAGCCAGCGGGAGCAGGAAGCGGCAGGUCUGCAGCGGAAAUCAGCGCGCGUUGUUUUUCAUGACAAUUACACUUCUUUUUCUGGAGUUGAGGUUAGUGUCGAGGAACAUGCGAGCAACGUACAAGUGAAAAAUCAACUGGUUUCUCUGCUACAACUUUUCGCCCUUUUUGCACAAAUUCGAGUGAGAUUUUUUGUUUGUUUGUUUCUGCCGAGUGAUACUUUUGACACAGUGACUAAUGUCUCGAAAGAAGGCAGUAAAAGGCAAAGCCGCAACCAGCAGCCCAUCUGCAGGUAGCCCCGCCGGGAAGAGCUCCGGGAAAUCCUCGAGAAGCAGCACAGGUAUUGUUCAGAUGAACGGUGUGGUCCAUCCCAGCAGACCCUCCAUCAGCAACAGCAGCGAGUUCUAUGACAUUGCUUUUAAGGUGAUGCUGGUUGGAGACUCUGGUGUGGGGAAAACCUGUCUGCUGGUCCGUUUCAAAGAUGGAGCUUUCCUUGCUGGCAGCUUCAUCUCCACUGUAGGAAUCGACUUUAGGAACAAAGUCCUGAACAUUGACGGAGUCAAGGUGAAGCUGCAGAUCUGGGACACCGCUGGACAGGAGCGCUUCCGCAGUGUCACUCAUGCCUACUAUCGUGAUGCCCAUGCUCUUCUUCUGCUCUACGACGUCACCAACAAGUCAUCCUUUGACAACAUACAGGCUUGGCUGACUGAGAUCAAUGAGUAUGCCCAACAAGAUGUGGUGCUGAUGCUGCUUGGAAACAAGGCUGAUGCAACUCAUGACAGGGUGGUGAAGAGAGAGGAUGGUGAAAGACUUGCUAAGGAAUUUGGGGUUCCGUUCAUGGAGACCAGCGCCAGGUCAGGUCUCAACGUGGAACUGGCUUUCAUGGCUGUGGCCAAGGAGCUGAAGCACAGGUCCAUGAAGGAUCCCAGUGAGAAGUUUAAGCUUCAGGAGUAUGUAAACAAGGAAAUGAGGGGCGCAGGGUGCUGCAAGUCUUAAAUGGUUCUAUGUGUCUGUGCGUGUUUGUUGACUACUCAUCUUUAUAUAUCAUAUGUGAUCAUAUCUGGAAUUAUCAGAGGUGAAGAGUCAGCUCCAGCGAGGUAUAAAUUAUUUCUGUUUGUUUAUUUCUCUACUGUCAAACUUUUUCAUUACAUACAAACCCCAUCUGUUGUCCUCUUCUGUUAUGGUUUUGCUCACCUGCCUCCUGUAGCUGUGAAUGUAGCCUGAGGUUUGGAUUGGAAAAGAAACAGACCGCACACCCUAGUCAGCUCCCCAUUACUGGGCAUUUCUAUCCAUAACUGUUGCUGCAUAGCUUUUUGACCUUGGAAUAUUAUGCAUUACUUUGUGUGGUUAAUUCAUGUUAUAUAGAUUUAAUCACAUCAUAAUUGUAUUAAUUGGUGGGAAAUGCAUGUGUUUUUUAAGCCUAUUAUUUUCCCAGAUCGACUUAGAAUUUCAUUGUUGGCCUUUUAGAAAGCUGUGGAUGAAUCUCUGGAUGUGCUGAGAUGUUUCUUCUGUUUGUCUUACAGAGUUUCACAACAAUGUUUCUACAGGCUCCCUGAAGCCAGUUUAGCUCACCAGCAUAAAUUCAAAGUAUUUCCAUGAUUCAGCUGUAGAUAUUAAGGAA